GGAGCUAUGGUCAUACUUCUUAGCUGAAUGCCAAGAAUAUCACCACCGUUGCUGCAACUGCUAAGUUGACCAAUUCUUUGAGUUCGCGUCCCUUCAGAUAAACAACUUCACACGUAUUUCACUUGUCGGGUACGCCUGGCCUCUUGAUGAGAGAUCGGCCCCUGAACUGCUGUUCGCACCAAAAUUCACACCUAAAGAUGUCUACUCCGAUAGCUUCACAAGCAGCCAAUCAGUCACAAUCGACUCCAACGGAUAGCCCUAAAAUGGUCGAAGCAAGGGUCCAAUUGGCUGUAAACGCGUAUAAAUUGGGCAAGUUUGCAACCUUCAAGGCUGCCGCAGAAGCCUUCGGUGCCCCGUAUCAACGCGUACGCCGUCGCUACAACGGUAACCACUCGCGUCAAGAAAAUGGUGGCCAUAACAAGGUGUUGAACGAAGCUUUGGAAACAGCUUUGCACUCCGCGUUGCAACGGUUAAUCGUUCAAGGCACGAAAAUAAGUUCCCAUCGCCUGUGGCGUACAACCAACGAACUGCUGAAAACUGGUGUGGAAGAAGGUCAAGAACCUCGUCAAGUCCGGCAACGAUGGGCUCGUCGCUAUCUCGCUCGAAACCGUGACCUGUUUCCUCGGGUCACGGGGAAAGGCCCAGGGAACGUUGGUAACGGAGGUGGAGUCACAACGACGGCAGAGGCUAGACGAGGAGACCGUUCCCGUGAUUAUGAUUGCAUUUACAUAGUGGCUCAUGCUGGAGGAAUGCGCGUUUGUCGCUCUAAGUAUGCGGAUGUUGCCAGCAAACUGGCAGAUCGUCGUUUGUAACGCCACUUAACAUCUGCAGAUGUCGUCGGUCGCGCAAUGAGACUAAUCAUAAUACAGGCACUUCUUAGGCAUGUAUUUUCUAUUAUGACUGAGAUUGAGCACAAUUUAACUAUAGCUGUCUCUCGGUUUCUAUCUGUUUACCAGAACUGCUUUCUAGGCUCAGAUAGCAUAGAUGAAGACCAUCUUACCUACCUAGGUCUCGGUUGCCGUCAGACUCAACUUGCCCCUGUGGGUUCCAAUAUGUCCGCCUGCGCUAGGACAUGGACAUGCAUCAUUGACAUUCAUACGCGAGAAUACCUAUCUACCGUUCGAUGAAGAACGCAGCGCUAAGGAGCUUCACCCUUGAACGAGCCCUAUCUAGAUCCGAGUUACUUUAUGCAGUUGGUUGAACUGGGUGGGAUUAGGUGCG